CUAAAACGACGAAGACAAAACAACGGAACCCUUCAGCUGUCAGUUUCAUAACAACAGACUGAUGCAGCGCUGAAACAAAGCCGAGCCCUCUCUAUGAGACCGUUAUGGACCGGUCCGAGUCAGAGGGAGCUGAUGCUGCCGCUCCCCCGCCGGACCAGAGCCCCAAACCGGAGCUUUCUGCCGCCAUGCGGGCUAAGAUAGAGAGAAACCGUCAGCGGGCGUUGAUGCUCCGCCAAGCGCGGCUGGCGAGCCGCCCGCUGACCGCCGUGGAGGGGGCGACCUCGGCCAAAGUUUCCAAGACGAUCGACUCUGGUGCUGGUUUCUUUAUCGAGGAGGAGGAGGGCGGCGAGGAAGAGCGGAAAGCUAAGAAGGUGGUGCAUCAGCCAGCUCCGGUGAUUGAACCAGACUAUCUGCUGUGUGAUGACUGUCAGAAACCCUUCAUGGACUCUUUCCUCAGCAACAGCUUCGACUUAUCUGUGUGCGACAAGUGCAGAGACAACGAGGAGAAGCACAAGCUGAUCUCCAGAACUGAGGCCAAGCAGCGCUACCUGCUGAAGGACGUCGACCUCGACAAGAGAGAGCCCCCUCUUCGGUUCAUACUGAAGAAAAACCCUCAUAACCCACGCUGGGGAGACAUGAAGCUCUACCUUCUGCUGCAUGUAGAAAAAAGGUGUAUGGAGGUUUGGGGCUCAGAGGAGGCGCUGGAAGAGGCCAGAGAGACGAGGGAGGAGAACAAAGAGGUCCAAAAACAAAAGCGCUUUAACAAGAAAGUCAGAGAGCUGCGCAGGGCGGUGAGGAGCAGCACAUGGACCAAAAACACCAGCGCCCACCAGCACGAGUACGGACCAGAAGAGGUGGUGGACCCAGAGGAGGACCUCUACAAGAAAACCUGCACUACCUGCGGACAUGAACUCACCUACGAGAAGAUGUAAACACAUCUACAUUUGCCCAGAGAAAAUGUUGCAAUCUCAAAUGGACCAAGAUAAAUGGGGCUUCUUCAGGGAACAGUGAAGCUUCUGUCAAUGAGAUCUUAAGCAGAAAUAUGACAAGUUUGUAUAAGCUGGAUAUUUAUAUCAAUUGGAAGAAGUUUUUGAAACAGAGCUUGCAAAGGUAGAAAUAUUGCAUGUGCAUCAGAAAAUUUAGUAUUUUUAAGUAUUUAGACAUUUAGAAGCUUCCAGUGUGGGUUUGCUGGUGGUUUUAGAAAAUGUUGCUGACCUCUGAAGUUCCUUGAAAAUGCAUUUAUAAGCCUAAAAUUUUAACCAAACUGUCCGGCAGAGAACCUGGCAUGCAGUAAACUGCUGUGGGUAAAUCAUGCAUCAUUUUACAUCCGCUUAAUGCACUCCUGUUAGAUUAAAUUCGUGAAAAAUCUGGUUGUAUAUCUUAAGAUUCAUUUUCAAUUCUUUGUGACGUCCACAUACAUUGAACAAUGUCUUAAGUUUGUUGGAAAGAAAACCUUGUAAUAAUAUUUUGCAAUAAAAUAGUUUAUAAAAAGUUCA